AAGCGAAAGGUCAAUACCAACUUCAUGCUUUGAAUGCCUUCAUCGUCUCCCCCUUUUCUGCGAAUUUGCUGCAACCAGCUUUCUUCGUCAUAGUAAUUUGUCUGCGCGCUUGUCGCUAUUCUCCCACGACCACUCCACGAUCCUUCCUUCCUCCUCUUCUCCUUUCUGACAAGGUUCCCAGCUGAAGGAAGCAAGCUGAGCUCCUCCUGAAUCAACCAUCCACGAAUUCACCAGUCAUUCGUUCGCGCCCGCAUCCGCAAAAAGUCUUCGCAUAGUUGGACGUGUCUCACUCUCCCAUCAACUGCUUACCGUUCUUCUUCAACAUCGCCCCAUCCAAGCUGCAGCUGCAGAUCACAAUUCUCCAAUCAUGCCAGGCUUCGCGGAUUCUUUCUGGUCGACAGACUAUGCUGGAGGGCUCGGUGUGCUCUUCGGCAAGUUACAGCAGGGUGUACAAGAAAAUCAGCAGAUGCUCACAAUAGCUCGGAUGCGCGCCGAGGCGGAAGACUCGUAUGGCAUGAAGUUGGGGGAGAUAGGAUCUGCUACUGAUAGAAUGAGCGGCGGCUUCUCUCGAGAUGAUGGAGCAAGUGUUAAGAAGGCCUAUGACGGAGUACGAACGGAGAUGGAAGAGGCAGCGAAGAACCAUCGGAAAAUCGCCCAAAGCAUUCGAGACCUUGUCGUAGCACCCUUCACAAGAUGGUGUGAUGCUCACGAAUCUCGAGUCCAGAAUUCACAAGACGACCUUCAAGCACGCAUAAAACUGCACGACAAACAAGCAGAGACAGUCAGGAAGCUUCGAAGCCAUUACUUCACAAAGUGCAGAUUGGUGGAGGACAUUGAAGAGGAGAACAAACUUGCCUUCCAAGACCCAGAGACAAGCCCAAAGCCGAAGGUUCCAGAGAUCAAGAUCUCAGACAACCGCGAAGAGGAAGAGGAGCCUUUCGAGAUUGGAGAUGAGGUCUACCAACCAGAACAAGUCAAGAAGAUCCUAUCACACCUCUUGAAUACCAUUAGAUUGGGCGAGACGAAGGUACCUAUCCUCGGCACAUACCAAAAUACAACGAGCGGAGCAGAAAUUGUCGAGUAUUUCCAGAAGUUCAUGGGUGCAACGAGCGUCAGUCAUGCCGAACGCAUUGGGCAAGAUUUGAUUGGAAAUGGGCUCUUGCGACUUAUUGGCAAUGUGGGGAAUAUCUUCGCAAAUAGCUCGAAGAUGUUCUACCAGUGGAAACCCAAGGCUUUUCAACUAAGUGGUGUUCCAGAAAAGAAAGUUCCUAUGAAUCGAACAUUCUCAAUUGCUUCGAACUCCGACUCUAUCGAUUCGCCUGUGGUCGGCACCGUCACCGAGUACUUGGCUGGAUGGAAUCCUCUCAACACACAGCAUCCCAACGAGACACCUGGCGAUCGUCUUCGAAGAGAGGCUGCCGAGGCCGACGAGAGGUACAAGGCAAGCGUUCGAAAACUCGAUUUGCUCCGCUGUCAACUUGAAGAAGCCAUCAUCGAACAUCUUAGAUACCUUCAGAGAUGUGAGCUGGACAGACUAAAGGCGAUUAAGACCAUCAUCUUGGACUUUUCUGGCACGAUCAGCAACGUCAUUCCCAGCUUGCAAUCGACUGUUGACAAUAUGAUGCUGUUCCAGGAGACCGUUCAGCCAGAUGGAGAUCUUCGAUAUCUCUUGGAGAAUUAUCGCACAGGUGGAUUUGCCCCUAAAGUUGUGGUUUACGAGAAUUAUUACAACUCAGCUGAUGAGCAAACCUUUGGAGUUGAUUUGGAAGCACGAGCACGAGCCGACCGGAAGCGGGUCCCCGCAAUCAUCACCUCCAUCUUGACGUUCUUAGAUCACAGAUAUCCGGAUCUUGAGGGCGAUGAAGCUAGGCGAAGUGUAUGGCUUGUCGAAGUCCCACUACACCAGACUCACAGGAUACGAGCUGCUCUCAAUACUGGUAAAGGAUUCGGUAUUGAAGCUUUGGAGCCUUAUGAAAUUCCCAUCAUUGCGAGCGUGCUCAAAUUGUACUUGCUAGAACUGCCAGACUCUCUGGUCUCAUCUCAUGUUUACGAAAUUAUGAAAACGAUAUAUUCUACUCCCGCGUCUGAAUCUACCGACUCAGCGCGUAUUUCAGUUCUUCAGAACACACUCAGCCAACUACGACUUUCAAACAUAGCAACACUUGAUGCACUCAUGACCCAUUUCACCAGACUCAUUGAACUUACAUCAGCUGAUGAGACUUACAUCUCGGCUCUUGCAACAAGCCUUGCUUCGUGCAUCUUGAGACCAAGGACCGAGACAUCUAUGACCAUGGAGGAGAAAUACUCGUAUCGCCUGAUCCGAGAUUUGUUCGCCCACAAAGAUGCAAUUUUCUCCGAGCUCAAGCGUGCAUCCUCACUGUCUCACAGCAUCAGUGUCGACACUCGCCCCCGCGCUAUCAGCACCGAUGAAAGUAAUCGCAAGGCAAAUAUGGAGGCUCGUGCUCGUGCCAUCAUCUCUGCAGGAUCUCGCAGCCGAGCCACUAGUCCAGCUCCUUCACCUCGAGGUCAUCGUAGGGAUCGUAGCUCAGGCGGUCCAGAGACAAGGUUUCCCAUCCAGACUUCUCCCACCCACACUACAGACACGGCUAGGACACCAAGACCCACUCCAGGUAUGAGGCAAAGUCUUGAGGUCCCGAAUGAAUCUGCUCCAGUAGUAGCUGCAGAGCCAACAAAUGGUACUCCAUUGCAAUCCAUCACUAAUGGGGUUGCAGACGCUCCAGCAGCCAGUGCGACCUACAUGCCUGGAGGAAGUGACGGUUUGGACGAUAUUGGCGUGGAGAAGCGAAACAGCCUGGGCAGAUCUGCACCAGCUCCAAGUGCCAGAUAUGGUCGACGUCCUGUUGGAGCUGGCAUGAAUAGAAUGAGCACAGAUCACAGCAGUCGAAAUAGUGUUGCGAGUCUGGGCGGUAAUGAGUCUUCUGAUAGUCCUGUCGGUGGACGAGUUGGUGUGAGCUUGACGGAUAAGCCGAUGGAUGAUUAAUGGAGUUUCAGAGGUGGUUAAAAUGGGGUGGGUUGAGAGGUGGGAUUGGCAACUGGAUGGAAGGAAGAAUGUGUAUCUAUGUGUGUAUGAUAGAGGUAUGAGGUCUCUGAAAUGUUGAGAUAAUGAACAAAUGCGAUGGUUGAUACCCUUGCUUUUUAG